AGGAGAGAAAAGAACACAGGAUAUAUACACACACACCCACAGGAUACCUGUAUCCGCGCAGGUCAAGUAUUAGUAACAACAAAGUCACGCCGGUGACGUGACAGCAUGGGAGGACAUCAGACCACACUCUGUUUCUUAUUUCUUCUCGCAAUGUUAGCUUAGCCGUAUCGCACAAGUUGACUGCUCUGCUGCUCCCUUUUUAUUGAUUGCAUCUUCCCAGUUCUCAGGAGGGGCCUUUCCAGGGUGAGCAGUAUGUCCUGCUCCUCCGACUCGUUGAAGUAGAAUUCUUCAUCCAAAUCGAGGAUGAAGUUUCCCAGAGGCUCCAGAAUGGCACAUCCUGUCCAUUCCCCGGUAUAGUGGCCCUCCUGCAGAGCUGUGCUUUCCACAUGCAGAGACUUUGACAGCUCCAUGGCAUAGGCACAUACUGGGUACAGACAGUAGCCUACAGGAGAACAGCAUCCUUAUCUUUUAGCAGUCUCUCCCUCCCCCAAAAUACUACCCUGUCUCCCAGGCCCCUCUCUCCCUCUCAGAGAGCCUCUCCCUGGAGCCAUGCCCAUCCUACUUAAUGCCGACACCUCCUUCAGCUCCAAGCAGGAGCUCCUGGACCUCCAGAAUGGCACCAUGGACCCAUCCCUGGAUACACCCAGCCCCUUGAACUCUCACGAGGAUAGCCCAGUGGGCUCAGGCCCCGGCAGCCCUGCUGGAGAAGGCCCUGCUUGCCACCUCAUCCUCACCAGGGCUUCUGCCCCUCUGCCUGGACAGCUUUACGGGGUUGAGGUGCCCGCAGAGACCCCCCUAGGCCUCAAAUUAAUCUCCACGGACUCAGAAGGGCUGUGUGGCUGGGGGGCCCUGACGCCCCGAUCCAUCCAGACCUUCAACACCCCUCGCUGGGUGCUCUUCUUCCUCUGUGUGGCUUCCUUCCUCCAGGGCAUGAUCAUCAACGGCUUCAUCAACACUGUGGUGACCUCCAUAGAGAGGCGCUUUGACCUGCGUAGCUACCAGGCCGGGCUCAUCGCCAGCUCCUACGACAUCGCUGCCUGUGUGUGCCUGGCCUUCGUCAGUUACUUUGGUGGGACGGGGCACAAGCCUCGUUGGCUGGGCUGGGGGGUGCUAGUCAUGGCGCUAGGUUCUCUGGUGUUCGCCCUGCCUCACUUCACCACUCCCCCAUACCAUGUCAGCAUUCCUGAGCGGACAGGGGUGUGCACAGGGAACCGUACCAGCCCUUGCCAUGAUAGCGAGGGUGGGGGCCUGUCCAGCUACCGCUUUGUCUUCAUGCUGGGCCAGUUCCUGCACGGGGUGGGAGCCACUCCCCUGUACACUCUGGGGGUCACCUACCUGGAUGAGAAUGUCAAGUCCAGCUAUGCUCCAGUGUACAUUGGAAUCUUCUAUACAGCAGCCAUCGUGGGCCCAGCAGCAGGGUACCUUCUAGGAGGACACUUUCUCAACAUCUACACAGAGGUUCACAUGACAACGGAGCUGACUCCAGAGAACCCUCUGUGGGUGGGGGCCUGGUGGAUUGGCUUCCUUGCAGGAGGGGCAGCAGCGCUGGUCAUCGCCCUGCCCAUCCUGGGCUACCCACGCCAACUACCAGGCUCUCAGAAGUAUGUGGCCAUGCGGGUAUCUGAGGCUCACCAGCUGAAAGAUGGCAGUCAGGCCAGUGCAUCAGAUCCUCAGUUUGGGAAGUCAGUUAAGGACAUGCCUAGGUCAGUGUUGCUCCUGCUGAAGAACCCUCCCUUCCUCUUCCUGUGUCUGGCGGGGGCCACGGAGGCCACCCUCAUCGCUGGCAUGUCCACCUUUGGCCCAAAGUUCCUGGAGUCUCAGUUCAGCUUGAGUGCAUCUGAGGCAGCCACAUGGUUCGGCUACAUGGUGGUGCCCGCGGGCGGAGGUGGCACCUUCCUGGGCGGCUACAUCGUGAAGAAGCUGAACUUACGUUGCCGUGGCAUCAUCCGUUUCUGCAUGGUGUGUGCCCUCGUCAGUCUCCUGGCCAUAUUCAUCUUCCUCAUCCACUGUCCCAAUGUCCCUAUGGCCGGGGUGACCGCUCCCUACCGCAGCAACCUGCCACCGGGCCAUCAGUACAACAAGAAGUACAAUGAACAGUACUAUGAGCAAGCCAACAACCUCCGCAACAGCUCUUUGUUGGGGGGCAACCUGACGGUGGGGUGUAAUGCAGAUUGCCACUGUUUACGAGAGCUCUAUAACCCGGUCUGUGGAGCCGACGGUGUGAUGUAUUACUCUCCAUGCCAUGCAGGAUGCAGCACAAUCAACCACACAGAGAUCUCAACAGGCAGACGGGUGUACUUGGGCUGCAGCUGUGUGGUGGGUGGGAAUGUGACAUCGGGGCAGGAGGGCCUGGCACUGGAUGGGAAAUGCACCAGCUCCUGUAGCCACAUGCCAGCCUUCCUCACCUUCCUCUUCAUCAUCAUCUCCUUCACCUUCCUGUGUAGUAUACCAGCCCUCACCGCUACCCUCAGGUGUGUUCCAGACAACCAGAGGUCCUUUGGACUGGGGAUCCAAUGGAUUGUGGUGCGAAGUCUAGGUGGGAUCCCAGGCCCGAUAGCAUUUGGCUCUGUGAUCGACAUCUCAUGCCUGCUGUGGGAGGACCAGUGUGGAGAGCAGGGCUCCUGCCAUCUCUACCAGAACUCUGCCAUGAGCCGCUACACCCUUAUCGCUGGCAUCAUCUACAAGGUUCUCGGCACACUGUUCUUCCUGCUGGCCAGUGUUCUGUACAAGCCCCCUCCAGAGUCACCCCAGAGCAGCUGUGAGAGCACCGACCAUGGGCCGGGGGAUAGCGGGGGUGAGACGGGGGACCUCCCCAUCAAGGACCUUCCACCAGAGAUCAUCGCCAAUGUACACACCAGGUUAUGAUGACUUCAGACCCCACCCACCCUGCACUACAGUGUGUAUCACCCCACAUCUCACCGCACGUGUAUGUUGGUGUGUGUGGCGUACCACUGCUUCCCCCACCACUGCCAGCCCGUCUCAUAGCCACUCCCAACACAUAGACACAUCACCCCAGGGCAUUUCUCACCUACUGACCCCACGUUCAUCCCAUCGGCCUGCCCUCCACUGCCAGCCCACUGAACUUGGGGUGUGUGUGAUGUGAUGAAAGACUAGGGUCACAGAUAGGGUCAGAGGUUAAUCUGAGAAGUAGCUAAGAGAUUUCUCCUGAUGGCCUUUGGGAUUUAAACCAGUCCAAAAUCGCAAUUUUAAAUGAAGAUUUUUUUGUUUCCCAGUCGGAUCUAAAGGAUGGGACAUAGGGGCUGUUUGUAUAGCUUAUGUCAUGUCAUGAGUAUGAAGCAUUCCUUAUGAGUGUUGAAAGAGGCAUUUACACCCGUAAAACAACCCUGUUGUCUUGCCCUAUCACAGAUACAUCUUUUUUUUAAUCUACACUGAAACAGAAUUGAAAUACAAAGAGAAACAGAAUUUUCAUAUCAUAUAAAAACUAUAGACCAAUAGUAUUUAAAGGCACUUACUGUUAUUAUAACUAUACCUAUUGAAAAAAAAAUAACACACAUAUAUUUUAACAAAUGGAAGAGCACACACCUAUUUAUGACAGCCUUUAGCACAUGUAUGACAUUGAAUGACCUGUAGCAGGCUGCCAUUUAACAGAAGUGAAGACAAAACCCAAGAGGCCAUGAAGAUGAUGAUGCUAUGUCAUCCUGUCCACUAUCCACCAACUAUUUUGUAUGAAGGGGUAAUACCAAGACCCUUUUUCACAACCAGACACAUUGCUGCACUUUAAAACUAAUCAGCUCUGAUGAAUUUAGACAAUGGUAUUAUAUGAGAGUUAUUCUGGCAGUGUAUGCUGGUUGAAAAAAUUGUAGGAACAAUGCACUAAUGGAAUGAGUUGCCAUAAAAACAAGAACAACAGGCCUCUUAUCCAAACCUACAAGUGUGCCAAAGUAGCAUUGCCCCAAUCUCUCUUCUGUUUUGUGAUAUAGAUCAUUUAUUUAUGAUGGAAAUUAAAAGCACAGAUUGCUCAUAUAGUCUUUCAAUUUGUUGUUUUCCGCAUGAUUUGAUAUUGUCCAGACAUAUUUGUAUAAAGAUGCUGUAGUUAAUGAUUUACACUGAAAAAUGGACCCACAGAAGUUUACCAUGACAAACAAUCUCCCCUAAAACUACCCUGUUCAAUAAAGUGUUAAAAUAUAGUCUUUGUUGUUUAAUGUAACAGUAAUGACACUUUACAACUUGUUGGUAAUUUCCAUUUCUCAUGUUUUUGUUUUAAAUGUAUUCAUUUGUAAUGGACCCAAAUGCCUCCAGAUCAGCUCUCCACCAUUCUCCAAUUGGGGAGAGCGGGGCUUGACCGCCAUUACAGAGUAUGUGUAAUCACAAACAUUCCUAGUCUUAUUGUUAUGCCUCCUCACUCCCUAGCACUUCGUAAAAUUAGACUUUUGGAUUUUGUUUUGGUACUUUUGUAAAUGAAAUGGAAACGUAAGAAUUUGAUUAAAAUGUUUCUUAAGAUGUCCUGUUUUUUUUUAAACAACAGGUGAACAAUGGAAUCAUUUGUUUUGUUUAGAUGUUUUAUCAGUAUUUGAAAGUAUUGGAUGUGUCUGCUCACUUCAAACUCUCUCGCAUGUACCACAUACAGUACCAGUAAAACGUUUGGACA